AUGGAGAGCCUGCUGGAGAACCCGGUGCGUGCCGUGCUCUACCUCAAGGAGCUCACGGCCAUCGUGCAGAACCAGCAGAGCCUCAUCCACACCCAGCGCCAGCGCAUCGACGAGCUGGAGCGGCGGCUGGACGAGCUGAGCGCCGAGAACCGCAGCCUGUGGGAGCACCAGCAGCUGCUGCAAGCCCAGCCUCCGCCCGGCCUCGUGCCCCCGUCGUCAGCCGCGCCGCCGGCUUCCCCGGCCACCGCUCCGGCCGCCGCCGCCGCCGGGGCCCAGGAACCGCUCCAGGACCUCGGACAGCUCUCACCCGCCGCGCCGCAGCCGGCGCCGGAGCAGCCGCCGCUUCAGCACCACGGACAGCUCCUGGCGCAGCCCCCGCCGGGCCCGGGCAGCAGGGCUCUCUCUCCGCAGUCGCCGCACAAGCACCCGCUGGCACUCGGGGCCGUCGCCGAUAAGAAGGAGCGUCCCCCGAGUUGUUGCGCUGCUGCCGGAGCCCUCCUUCAGCACAAAUCCCCCGCCGCCCUCGGCAAGGGCGUCCUGAGCAGGAGACCCGAGAGCGAGACCGUGCUGCACCAGUUCUGCUGCCCCGCCGCCGCGGACGCCGAGCAGAAGCCCGCCCGUGCUGACCUGGCCGCCCACAGUGAUGGCUCCUGCGCCCAGGCCGGUGGGGGCAUGGAGGACUCCGUGGUGGCAGCGGUGGCAGCCGGCAGACCCAGUGCCCAUGCCCCGAAGGCUCAAGCCCAGGAGCUGCAGGAGGAGGAGGAGCAGCUGGGGGCAGGGGGUGCCUCCCCGAGGGCUGGCCCCCACCGCGUGGCCUCCCCUGGCCGGCAGCAGCCUGCCCUGGCGACGGCGCUCUGCUCCCACACCCCUGCCGCCUCCGAUUACGAACUCUCCCUUGACUUAAAGAAUAAACAGAUUGAAAUGCUAGAACACAAGUACGGGGGCCACCUGGUGUCGCGGCGCGCAGCCUGCACCAUCCAAACCGCCUUCCGCCAGUACCAGCUCAGCAAGAACUUCGAGAAGAUCCGCAACUCGCUCCUGGAGAGCCGCCUGCCGCGGCGGAUCUCCCUGCGCAAGGUGCGGGCGCCUACGGCCGAGAGCCUGGCGGCCGAGAAGGCGCUCGCGGAGGGCUGCGGCCUCGUGGGGUUGCCGCUGGUGCGCUCGCCCCCGCUGCCGCCCACCUUCGCGGGCACGCUCACCGAGCUGGAGGACUCCUUCACCGAGCAGGUGCAGUCCCUGGCCAAGUCCAUCGACGACGCCCUCAGCACCUGGAGCCUCAAGACCAUGUGCUCCCUGCAGGAGAGCGGCGCGUACCAGAUCCACCAGGCCCUGCACGCGGGCGCGGCGCCGCCGGGCCUGGAGGCCGACACGCGGGAGCCCGAGGGCGCCGCCCCGGGGCCCACAGAUGAGGCGGCCGAGGCGGCCGGCCCGCCCCAGGGCCACAGCGGCACCCUCAUGAUGGCGUUCCGGGACGUCACGGUGCAGAUCGCCACCCAGAACAUCUCCGUCUCCUCCUCCACGGCCCUGUCGGUGGCCAACUGCCUGGGCGCGCAGACGGCCACGGCCACCGCAGAGCCCGCGGCGCGCAAGGCCGAGCUGGGCGAGGCCCCGGGGCAGGAGAUCCCGGAGGCGCCCUGCGCGGGGCAGGGGGACGCGCUCGCCGAGGACACCUGCGCAGAGGCGGGGGCCGCGGGGCCGGCCGUGGAGGAGGCUGGGGGUGCCGAGGCAGAGGAGGAAGGCGCCGGCGAGGCGGGGAAAGUGGCGGAGGCCGAGGCGGGCGACAACUCGGAGCCGCUGAGCAGCAGCAGCACGUCCACCAAGUCUGCCAAGUCCGGCUCGGAGGUGUCCGCCUCCGCCUCCAAGGAGGCCCUGCAGGCCAUGAUCCUGAGCCUGCCGCGCUACCACUGCGAGAACCCGGCCAGCUGCAAGUCGCCCACGCUCUCCACCGACACCCUGCGCAAGCGGCUCUACCGCAUCGGCCUCAACCUCUUCAACAUAAACCCGGACAAGGGCACCCAGUUCCUGAUCUCCCGCGGCUUCAUCCCCGACACCCCCAUUGGCGUGGCCCACUUCCUCCUCCAGCGCAAGGGCCUCAGCCGCCAGAUGAUCGGAGAGUUCCUGGGCAACAGCAAGAAGCAGUUCAACCGCGACGUGCUGGACUGCGUGGUGGACGAGAUGGACUUCUCCAGCAUGGAGCUGGAUGAGGCCCUGCGCAAGUUCCAGGCUCACAUCCGCGUGCAGGGGGAGGCCCAGAAGGUGGAGCGGCUCAUAGAGGCCUUCAGCCAGCGCUACUGCAUGUGCAACCCCGAGGUGGUGCAGCAGUUCCACAACCCCGACACCAUCUUCAUCCUCGCCUUUGCCAUCAUUCUGCUCAACACCGACAUGUACAGCCCCAACAUCAAACCCGACCGGAAGAUGAUGCUGGAGGACUUCAUCCGAAACCUGCGAGGUGUGGAUGACGGUGCCGACAUCCCCAGGGAGCUGGUGGUGGGCAUCUACGAAAGGAUACAGCAGAAGGAGCUCAAGUCCAAUGAGGACCACGUCACAUAUGUCACCAAGGUGGAGAAGUCCAUUGUGGGCAUGAAGACGGUGCUGUCGGUGCCGCACCGCCGCCUGGUCUGCUGCAGCCGGCUCUUCGAGGUGACGGACGUGAACAAGCUGCAGAAGCAGGCCGCGCACCAGAGGGAGGUGUUCCUCUUCAACGACCUGCUUGUGAUUCUCAAACUUUGCCCGAAGAAGAAGAGCUCCUCCACGUACACCUUCUGCAAGUCGGCUGGCCUGCUGGGCAUGCAGCUCCGCCUCUUUGAGAAUGAGUAUUACUCUCAUGGCAUCACACUGGUGACCCCACUUUCUGGCUCCGAGAAGAAGCAGGUGCUGCAUUUCUGUGCGCUGGGUUUGGAUGAGAUGCAGAAGUUCGUGGAGGACCUGAAGGAGUCCAUCGCUGAAGUGACAGAGCUGGAGCAGAUCCGGAUAGAGUGGGAGCUGGAGAAACAGCAGGGAACAAAGACACUUUCCUUCAAGUCCAGCGGGGCCCAGGUGGACCCACAGUCAAGGCAAGGAUCGCCUGCAGCCAAGAGGGACGCUGCGCUCGGGGAGAAGCCCGCGGAGAGCACGGUGGAGGUGUCAAUUCACAACAGGCUUCAAACGUCCCAGCACAGCUCCGGGCUGGGGGCCGAGAGGGGAGUACCUGUGCCAGACCUGCAGCCUAACCCUUUGCGAGAGCAGCCCCCGCCGCUGCCACCACCGCCACCCACACCCCCGGGCACCCUGGUGCAGUGCCAGCAAAUCGUCAAGGUCAUUGUUCUGGACAAGCCCUGCCUGGCCCGCAUGGAGCCUCUGCUGAGCCAGGCUCUGUCCUGCUACGCCUCAUCCUCCUCCGACUCCUGCAGCUCCACACCCCUGGGCGGCCCUGGCUCCCCGGUCAAAGUCAUCCACCAGCCUCCGCUGCCCCCGCCCCCACCCCCCUACAACCACCCUCACCAGUUCUGCCCGCCGGGCUCCCUGCUGCACCGGCGCCGCUACUCCAGCGGCUCUAGGAGCCUGGUGUAG